GCAAAACCAUUGGAACACAACAGAAAUGUUUCAAGUGGACAUAAAAACCUCGCUAUUAGCUUAAAUAGCUGGGGUUUGUCACGUUUUAGGGUCCCUUUGAAACAUUUUCGUUGUGUUCUGAGCUAUUUGAGUGUUUUCGUAAAUAGCUUGCGUUGUGAGAAAAUGCAGCACGUUUUUCUUAUGUGUUUGCAGUGUGAGGAUUUGCUGCACGUGUGCUAUCAAAUGGAUGAAGAUCUUUUCUAAAUUUGCUGGUGUGUUAUUGCAUGUGUUUUCUUAAGUUGCAGCACAUUAAGCUCUCGGCCACUGUAUUUUCCUCAUGAGAGAUACUGGUUUAUGUUUUACUUUUAACCGAAUGGUGUGGCUAGUAAUGUUGUGCUAGAAAAAAUGUUGCUUUGUAAAUCUUUGGAUCUGCGCGACCUAUUUAUUAAUUUAAUUUCCUCUCUUUAAAAUCAGAUUAUGGCCUUAAUAUCUAUAUCAAUUAUUGAUUUUUGAAAUGAUAGAAAGUAAUGAUGCCAGACAAAGAUAGUUGUGCUUUUAAAUCUAGAAGCUGUCAACUGUGUUUUCACAGCAAAAGAGAAAAGUCAAAUUUAGAAUCACUAAAUAAAAAACAGCACAUAUACUUGCAGUGAGCAAUGGACACAAAAUCACUGGGCCUUUUGUCUCUGUAUGUCAGCGAUGUGAGAAUGCUGCCGCUCUCACUUUCCACAAGAACCCCUGGCACAGAAAGGCACUGACCAGCCCACACAAACAUGCCAGCAGUGCUUCAGAGUGCUUCACUCAUCUGCAGAGUGGACGCACAGAGGAAAAGGGGAGAGAGAAGCAAACAGAUGGAAGUUAGAAAUGAGCAGUAGAGAGAGUGCGGUUUAUGCACGAGAGGAAAAUGGAAAGGAAGAGAGAGAGGGAGAGGAGUGACUCUAUCGAUAAGUGGAUCUAUAGCCAAGCGGGCAUUACUGAACCUGAGUUUGGAGUCAGCUGUGUACACCAUGGCAUGUUGUUGCUGCUGCUGCUGUCCAGUUCCAUGCCUCAGAAACUGCUUCUUGUUUUCAGGUUGGUCCCACCCUGGCUUUCAUAGAUUUUUGCCAUGAGAAGAAAGCGUAACUAUCACAGGGAGACAUCACAGUGUUUCUGUCAGUCAUGGGUAAUAGGUUUACCCAUGAAGCGAUAUCGCCUGCUGAGCUCGAUGCCUUGUGGAAUGACCCUCCAUACACUUUAGCCGCAGUCAGUGAGCUCUUUCCACCCAAUGAUGCCAUGACAGCUGAUGAGGAAGCGGAGGCUGAGGCUGAGGCCGAGGUGGAGGCAGAAGGCAUAAGCAGAGAGAUUUACUGGAGGAGGAAGGAAACGUUCAGCGGAAGCAGCACAGUAUCUUCAUCAGGAGAACGCCUCUCUCCAGAUGUUGUUUUGUUGUUUAGCGGGAGGUGGCGAUCGAGUGUAGCACCUGACGAUCAGCUUCAAGAGGCACUGCGUACAAGACUCCGGGUAGUAGAAAGUAACAGCCAGGAUGUCGUCCAGCUCUUCAAGGACUUGUCUGCACGACUGCUGUCUGUUCAUGCGGAGAAAGACAGCUUUGUCAUCACCUUUAAAACUGUCGAGGAGAUCUGGAAGUUCUCCACUUACCUGGCACUUGGAUAUGUAGCAAGAUGCCUUGAGAACUUUCUUUGUGACCAGUCAUUCUGGCUGGACCCGGCAUUGCUAAGCGAUGUGGAGAUUUCUGUAACAGUGGAUGAAGACCACUUAGCUACUCUUUAUUUGGGACUUCUGCUACAGGAAGGUACAUUCUUUGGCAAGACUUUAUAUAAGAGUGACUGCAAAGAGGAGGAAGAGGAGCUAAACUACAGGAGGAAUGACCUAGUCAUGGUGAAAGACAUUGGACAGGAGGCCAUAUGGGAGGGUACACUACUGUCAACAGGCAAACAUGGUCUGGUGCCUGUGCAUGAUAUGCAGCCUCUGCCUUAUCCAUUUUAUCAAUGGUUCCUUAAGAAAUAUCCAGGAAAUGCAGGAGGAAUUUCAGUUACAGAAGGCCUCUUUGAUCAUCCUGUUGUGGUGGGGACCUGUGUGGCAGUAGUGGACCAUUACCCAGUGGUGAAAGAUGAGCUGCACUUACGCAUAGGAGAUCAAAUCAAGAUUGAAGGAUUUCUUUUCAAUACUCUGAGUAUGUUCAUAGGAAGACACCUCACCAGUGGAGAGACAGGAUUUGUUCACAAAGCCCAUGUAAAACCCGAGAGUACUGAGAGACUCAAUGGACAAUUGGUCUUUCUGAGUGAGGAGGAAAGGACAGCCCUGUCUAAACUUAACCCCUGCCUUGAGCCCAGCCAGGCAGAUGUACUGACAAAUCUUUUCUCCACUGACAUAAGCACUGUGUACAGAUUGGACAGACUUGAUGACUCCGAUUUCACUUACAUCAGAAACCACCCAAUUCCAGAACAGAAAACCACAGUGGAUCAAAGAAAGCGCACUGUAUCUGAAAAGAGUGAUGCAACUCCUUACCACUCGUCCCCGAGGCAAUCAUUCUCUGCCUCUCGAAAUCAUCUUGACCGAGACUCUGAAGUCCUCUCUUUCAACCUGGAGGACACCUUCAGAGAAAUGGACGAAUAUGAGGAAGACCCUCCAAACUUUAUGGAUGAGGGUAUCUGGGAGACUGAAGAAGCUGAGAGAUGCGACCCAAUCUUGACCCUCCUCAACCUGGAAUAUUUCCAAGACACUUUUAGAACUCUUUAUGACCUCUCCUACUCUUUUCUGGACACUUUCUUCAAUGGCCUUCCAGAGGACGAGGUGCUACAACAUUUGGAAAACCUGCGAGAAGGAGCCAAGAAAGGCAGGAUGCUCUGGGCCCACCGGCGUGCCUGCUUCCUCCUCGGCCGCCUAUGUGCCAAGAAACUAAAGUACUCACAAGCAAGAGUGUACUUUGAGGAGGCUUCGAAGGUUCCUGUAAAUGGCUUUAAUGACAAACCACUUCUAAUAGCCCUUUACACCAAUCUCACUUCGGUUUACCUAAAACAGAAGAUGAUGGACAAGUUGCCGUUCACACUUGAGAAAGCAAGUGCUCUGAUUCUUUGUCUUCCCUGCCACAACUUCUGCUCUGUGGAUGAGUUUGAGCUGCUACAACCAAUCAUGCGCAGAGCCAUAAUUGAAAAAGACAAAUACCUAGAGGCUCGGACAUGCUAUCUCUCUGUUUGUCUCUUUCUCCAUCUAAGGAAAAUAGAAGAAGCUUUACCGUUUGUAGAGAGGCUUCAGUUCCUUAUCAUCACACUGUCUGUGGAAGAAGGGAGGCAAAUUGCCCCGGUUGAUCUCAACUGGCUGCUGUGCAGGCUUUACCACAAAAAGUAUCUACCUUUCCUCGCACUUGCUUCUUUAAGUCUAGACUCAGGGCAAGAUCAUUCCUUGAAUGAUGCAUUCCAGAAAAUUGAACUCUUUAUCAAAAACUCAGUCAGGCUUAAUCCUCACUGGAAGGAAAAUAUUUCUGUGCUUCCUGCACAGGUGGUGGUUUACCUUCAGCAGGCUUUGGCAAUAGCUAGUCAAGGGGAGGACCUGAAGACUCAGAGGGACCUGUGCCUGAGCCUGGCUAGUGUUUACCAGCAGCAUGGAGCACUAAAAAAAGCUGUGCCAUAUGCCCAACAUGCAGCAAAGACUGGAAAUCAAAUCAAUGAGGAAGAGGGCUUUGAGGCGUCCAUACUGCUGGCCUGGCUCUUGGUAAUGACAGAUGAACCCAUUCAGGCUCAGAACAAUCUGCGUCCACUUCUUAAGUCUUUGAAUGAAACAGACAGUCCAACACAGCGUGGGGUGGUUUACAAUCUCCUAGCUUUAUGUUUACGCAAACAGGCCAGAGUUCAGGAGGCAGCAAGAAACUUUUAUUGUGCUCUGCAAAUCUCCAGAGAGAAUGGGAACAAACGUAAUGAAGCCCUAGCUCUGGCUAAUUUGGGAUGCUUGUCCCUAUCCAUAGGGGCUUCAGGCCUGGCAGAGUGCUUUCUACUCAAAUCCUUCCACCUAUUUCAGUUUCUCUCAGAGAGCCCUACAGACCAGGAGCAUGUCCAGGUUCUGCUAUGGCUGGGUAGGAGCUACAAGGAUAGAGGGGGGAGCCAGGAGGUUCGACUGUGGUUCGAGAUGGGCCUGCUAAUUGCUAUUAGUGCUAACAAUCUGCACAGUCAGAUGGUUGUGGCAAAAGUUUUAAGUCGUCAUUAUGCUGAUUUGCUGCUGUACGGACAGUGUAUUGUUUACUAUGAGCACUGUGUGAGUCUGUGCAGAAGACUCAAGAAUAAACAGCUAGAAGGAGAAUACCUUGAACUCCUGAGCAGCCUGUAUCUCUCACUCAACACAGAGAAGUCAUCUAGGAAGUCUCUAGAUUGCUCAAAGCAAAGCUUGAGGAUCUCUAUAGAUCUGGGGAAAAGACAGGAAGAGUCUGAGACAUGGUUACAAGUGGGCCGUAUCUACUAUCUAAUCAAUGAAGACGAACUGGCUGACAUGUACCUACAGGCAGCAGUAAAGACAGCCCUCAGGAUGAAUGACCCAUGCUUCGCUAUGAGCAUUUAUGAGGAAGCAGGAGAUGUGUUUUUCAAAGGACACAGAAAUCAGAUAGCUGCCCUACCUUUUUACAGGGAUGGGAGUUUGCCAUUUGCACGCAGCAUUAAGGAUGUGCACUCAGAGUUCAGGCUGUUAAGUAAACUGACAGAGCUCCUGAUGAAGCAAAAGCAAUAUGAGGAAGCACUGCAAUAUGCCACUCUUGCAGUGCAGGUCAGCGCCACCACUGGUAAGGCCUCAGGAUUAAAUAAUAAUAAUUGUUAUAAUACAAUAUUAACAAUAACUUCAUUAAUGGAAGACAGUAAUGUUGUUUUAUUAAGCAAUUUUUGUUUUUAAGUGCUUUGUGUAAGCUU